CGUUAGGGGCAGUACUGUCACUCGCAAGUACUGGGUAAAGGAGGUUCGUUCUAUUUAGGUGCCGAAAGCGAAAGAUCGUUCUUCGUACUCAUUUGUGUCCGAAUUAUAUUCGAGAAAGCCAAAAAUGGCAGCAGUAGUUUCGAAAACUAUAGAACUGUGCAAGGUUGCUGUAGUAGCAUCAAAGCCGAUACUUAACAAUGUGCAAUAUUAUGCGAGAGUAGAAUUGGUUCCGCCAAAGGUUUCUGACAUUCCUGCCAUUAAAAAUGGUAUCGCGAAACUGAUUAAUGGUGUCAAAACUGGAGCAUAUCUUAAUGUCACAGUACGCGAAGCUGUGCUGAAUACCCUAGUCACCACUGAAGUUCUAUGUUGGUUUUUCGUCGGCGAAUGUAUUGGAAAACGACAUCUGAUAGGAUAUAACGUUUAAAAAUGUUGUACUCUGUGGUCAUAGGUAUAAUCUCUGUAUAAAUUAUAGACUUUCUCGUAAAUAUAUAUGCAUAAACGAAA